CCGCAACAACACCCUCACCACUACUGCUGCACCGCUCUGCUCCGAAUCUUCGACAGUCGCUCUUUUAUUUUCAGUCUGAUUCCGUCAUCUUGAUUAUUGUUGGGACUGCAGCGCGAGAGAGCCCAAUCGAGAGGCUGAGACUGGACCAAGCAGGAGAUUAUCCGCAGCCGCAUUGACCCGCGCGGCGUAAGACGCCGUCUUUAGGCUGUGCGACGCGCAUUCAGGGACCGCAGGACGAGGGAUACCACGAGCGUCGAGGGAACCGACACUUUGAGGACACGAGGUCGAAAGUCGCGCUGGUUAUCGCGACGGUGGGAUUGCGACCAUGGCGCACGGAAGCGCUGCCAAUGAGGUCGAAAGGACGAUGCGCAACAUCUUCAAGCGAUGCGUAGAAUGCGAGCCGCAGACACCAACAUGCCCAGCAUGUCCAGAGGGAGACAUCUGCUCUCUGGUACCGCAGAGCUGUGACAGCUGCGCCCACAUGGUGUGCAUUGCCAAUCCCAAUCCUACGCCCAAAGCCGAGAAACCGAACGUCGGGGCGAUUGCUGGUGGUGUUAUCGGAGGCGUGGUGUUCAUCUCCCUCAUCGUCUUCCUGUUCUGGCGAUACUGGAUUAAGAAGCGACGGCAAGAACAAGAGGAAUGGGACGAGGACGACGAGAUCGCGUCGCAAAAGGGCGUGUCGCAGUUCAAUGCCAUGAAGUCAGACAAUGCAUCCACAAGGACAAGAGGUUCAGUGGCGGCCAGCUUCCUCAGUCGGGCCAGCAACAUCAUCCACAUUGCAUAUAUUCCUGGUGUCACAAACCGAAACGGAUCAGGCCACAACAGUCUGCUGAAUGCUGCUCCUGUGCCUCCGAUUCCAGCUGCGUAUGCCAAUCAAACAUCCCGGACCACGACACCGAAGAGCCCCCUUAGCAAUGAAGGCGACGCUCUCUUCUUCCGACCCUCAGACCUACGGGACACCAUGUACUCGGACAGCUCAUCCUUGCGGUCAGGGAAGAGGGACACUCAAUACACAACGCACUCUAUCACUCCCUCCUUGGCUCGGUCUUCCAUGAUGUCCGACGUCUACCGUGACGAUGCCACCACAGAGCCCAUGCCAGCAACACAAGUCAUCCGAGCCCUGCCGAGAAUGGUGUCUGUUAAGUCAGGCACAUCUGCCACAUCUACACCAUCUAUGGAAAGUGCGCCAACACUGGCGCCUCCAAGCUCGUCAGGGAGCGGGGUCAAGACUGUCAUGCUUGGGGAGAAGUCAUCGAAUGGAAGUCCGAGCUCCUCGCAUCACACUGGCGGCACGUUUAUCAAGGCUACACCGGUGACCAUAGGUGGUAAAGGAAAGGUUCGAACACCUGGUGUGUCGCGGCAGGCCAGCGACGCAUCAUCCUCCACGGGAAGUUCAAACACGAAGCCACUGAAACCUUCUCCUCUAGUUGAGACUGCAAAUGAGUCCGAUGAGGAGGACGAGCAUGCACGAGCGCGAAAGAGCCUCAUUAGAGAGACGACUGCAGCGGCUGCCAGCCCUGCGCCGCUCAUACAGCCACUCGAGAGCCCAUUCUUUGACGCUACCGAGCUGCAAACAUCGGCGUCUUCAUCAUCGCAAGGCUCGCGGCCCAACCCAUACGCGGCUAUGUCAGCAUCUGUCGGUUCCGGCCCGCGACCCAAGCGCAACGACAACAGAACGCCGGGUGGUCUGAGUGCCGUGAUUGAAGAAGCCGCAAAACGAGCUUCACAAGAACCUGAACACGAUGGUAUCGGCGGGAAACGAGACCAGAGCCCCUUUAGCGAUGUGCAUGCAACAAAGUAGGUUGCUUGAGCAUAUUGGACAGCAGAGAUGAGGAUGAAGUUUUUGGAAAAAGGAGCGCAAUACCCCAUUACAGAAGAUUGGUACGAGCUGGCUCGGAAAGCGGUUACGAGCUAUGAACUACUGCAUUUCUUUUUUCCUCGCUCUGGUAUGUGUAGAAGGAAGGAUACUCGGUUUUUUUAUGUUUCUCUCAGAGACCCGCGCAUCAAAAUGCUGUGAGGUAUUGAAUGGAUGGUUCUUGGAUGGAGUUUAGGGAUAUAGUCAGAGCCAAGACUGAAUGAUACCACCCAUGUGAGGUUCGAUUUGCCUCUUCUUUGU